CUUUCCCUUGACUACACAAGUACUUCGUUGUUGUCAAACUGUACAGGCUUUGUUUGUUUAUUGGCCAUCGGCAUAAAGGUUAUAUAAACACCGAGAGAGGCUGUGUUAAUAUGAACUGACAGCUUCAGAGGGCCAACAGGAACCAAAUGACCAGUGAUGUAGACAGCAGCUGACAAUGCAUUGUUGAUUGACAGAUUCAUUGUGCCAGCCCUGCAGUCUGAUUGUUGUCCCUCUUUUUGGUGAAGCCAGCAUUAUGAUGAAACAUGCCCUUUGAUCAUUGACAGUCUACUGUAUGCCACAACAUGGGUAACAGGCUGCCACAAUCUCAGCCAUACAUCAUCGACGAGGCUAGUUCUGAUGAUGAAAUCAACUAUGACACUGCACCAGAGACAGAAAUGCAAUCUUUUGAGGAGGACGAAGAAGAGGAGAAUGAUGUGGAAAAUGCUCCAGAGAGAGAAGCCUCAACAUAUUUAACCAAAGAAAGCAGUCAGGUGGAACCAGAGGAAAAUAUGCAAAAUUUAUUGGUGGAUGCGAAUAUGAUGAGCAGACUGAUUGGGCAAGUUGAAGAGCUUUUGUCACACUUGAGCAACCAGGACUACCAAGCUGCUCACUCGGCCGCCAUGUUUCUUCAGUCGUGUGGCAUUGGGGGUGGACGAGAUGAACAGAAUGAGCCCAACAGAAUCUUUCCAGCAGGUGUGGAAGUUUCUGCACCAACUCCAUUGCAAGAACAAUCAGAUGGAACACAAGAAAAUGUGAGAGAGACUCUGAUUAUCGGUGAACAACCUUCUGUUACUAUCCAGGAUGAAUACAAUGAAGAAGAGAUCAUACGCCAGCUGGAACAGGAAAUCUUUUCUGACAAAACCAGCGAUGAACACACUGACAAAGACUUUGUCAGACAAGUUUUUGUCAGACAGGAAGAAUGUUCGAAGGUUCAGCAGGUCAGAUCCUCAGCAAAGUCAGGAAUUCCUACCUUUAAAAGAAGUCCAUCUCCAAGCAGACACAGCUUACCUUCUCCAUCACCUGCAUUGUGUUUUGAGGCUGCUGCUGCUACUGAGACCAAAGAAAAAAUGAAUUUUCUUAUAUCUGACAAGUCUGAGAGUUCUUUAUGGAGAGAAGACUCAAAAUCUGAAAAAGACGAGGAGCUUGCAUGGGAAGUGAACAUUUCUGAUGUUGCUGGUCAUGUGAAAAACGUACAGAAAGAAACAAUACAGAUUCAAACUUCACCUAUUCCUAGCUCCUCUUCUUCAUUGAGUGCAUUAUCUUCAACAUCAACAUCUUCAGAGGACAGUGGAUCACAAGUGAUACCGCUGAUCUCUGCACAGUGUGCUUUUACAGAAGCAGUUUCUCAGAGGAAGGUCCUUGAUUUGAGAAGAUGGCUGUGCAUGUGCCGACCUCAGUACAAAGCAUCCUGUGGCAUCUCUUCAGUUGUGUCCUGCUGGAACUAUUUAUUUAGCAGACUUGGUCAUGGCAGCUUGAAUCCUAUUACUCAAGAACAGGCUUUGGAGAUCUUGGGAUUUCAGCCACCAUUUGCUCAAAUUCGCUUUGGUCCUUUCACGGGAAAUAUGACUUUACUCAAGUGGUUCAGACAACUGAAUGAACACUUCAAAGUGAGAGGCCACUGCUACUAUAUGUACAAACCUCAUGGAAGGAACAAGACAUCUGGCUUGACCUCAGAAGGUGCACUGAGCAAGCUGAAACAAGGUCUCCAAGAAUCAAAUUCUGCAUUCAUCUACCAUUGCCAGAAUCAUUAUUUCUGCCCUAUUGGCUAUGAAGAUGUGCCAUUCAAUUGUACCGAGGCUUACAGUGGCAUCCUCCCACAAAAUGAGGUGGACACAUGGAUCCUAAUUGGUGAUACCAGUCGCUGUCACCCUUCAAUCCAUUGCAAGAGGUGGCAGGAUAUUUGCAUCGAUCUCAAUUGUCAGAAUCCAGAAUAUCUUGACAUUCGUCGCACCUGGAAAGGCCUGCAAACACGCAACACUAGGAAAGUUGGAGGCAACCUGCACUGCAUUCUUGCUUUCAAACGUGCAGCACCUUAUGUCACUGCAUCUGCCAAGCGGACUUUGAUCCCUCGGUCCUCUAACCUCCAGUUCGCCGACCAGGGUCGUUGGCAGCUCCAACUAUUCUGA